CCAAAGCGUACCUCAGGAGCUUUCAGGGAGUUCUUUUUGUUUAUUUGGCUUUAAUUUGUGGCCUUUGGUUAAUGUCUCUAGUGGUUGCUUAUGCCCUCUCCGCUCUCGCUCCCUCCCCCCUAAUCAGAGAUAGAGCUUAACUAUCCACGAAAGGACCUGGAAGAUCUCCGUCUCCGCCCUGGUGCCCGAGUUUGUGGCCCGCCUUUUUUGGGCCACGCCAGGCAGGCCGCGGAGAUCCUACUCAUCGUGGUGCACGCGCGGGUGAGGUUGGGGCCACGCCGCCCCGCAGCCAGGGCUCAACCACGGUUAAAAGGCGAAAUCCGGUGUCUCUUCCAGCUCCGCUCUUGCAAAGCCCGGGAGCCCAGAGUCAUCCCGCGCUCCGCGGGCUGGGAGGCCCCGGCUGGGACGCGCGUCGGGCGCAGCCGAGGUCCCCCAGCGCCCCCUACAGCCGCUCGUGGGGUGAGACGGCGCCGGGUCCUAUGUUCCGCACCACGCCCGGGACCCCACCCAGAGGCCGGCGCCCCGGGACCGCGCGAGCACCCGCAGCUCCCGGCUGCAGAAGCGGGGCGUGGGGCCCGGCGGCGUGCAGCAUCCUAGAUCAACCUCGAUUGCUCCGCCCGCGGCGGCCUGACUUCCCCUCCCUUCCUCGGUCCCUCCCUCCCUCCCUCCUUCCCUCUCGCCCGCCGGCGCCGGACACGCUGCACUUCUGGGGCGCUCUUCCCCUUGGCCGACCAUCUCAUCCCGCGCAACUUUGGGACAGUGGCCGUUCGGUGUUGAAUGUUUUCCUCCGAGAGCGCAUGGCUAGGGAAGCGACGUGCGGGCCGGGUCCCCGAGGGGCCGCCGUCUGGAAGGCGGUGCUGCUGCUGCUGUGCCUGGAGGUCCCGACCGGGCGCCCCUACAACGUGGACACCGAGAGCGCGCUGCUCUACCAGGGCCCCCCCAACACCCUGUUCGGCUAUUCGGUGGUGCUGCACAGCCACGGGGCGAACCGCUGGCUCAUAGUGGGGGCGCCCACGGCCAAUUGGCUUGCCAACGCUUCAGUGGUCAAUCCCGGAGCGAUUUACAGAUGCAAGAUCGGAAAGAAUCCAGACCUGAACUGCGAACAGCUCCAGCUGGGUAGCCCUCAUGGAGAACCUUGUGGAAAGACCUGUCUGGAAGAAAGAGACAAUCAGUGGCUGGGGGUCACGCUUUCCAGACAGCCGGGGGAAAAUGGAUCCAUCGUGACUUGUGGGCAUAGAUGGAAAAAUAUAUUUUAUAUAAAGAAUGAAAAUAAGCUCCCCACGGGUGUUUGCUAUGGAAUGCCCUCUGAUUUACGAACAGAACUGAGUAAAAGAAUAGCUCCAUGCUAUCAAGAUUAUGUGAAAAAAUUUGGAGAAAAUUUUGCAUCAUGUCAAGCUGGAAUAUCUAGUUUUUACACAGAGGAUUUAAUUGUGAUGGGAGCCCCAGGAUCAUCAUAUUGGACUGGCUCUCUUUUUGUCUACAAUAUAACUACAAACAAAUACAAGGCUUUUUUAGAUACAAAUAAUCAAGUAAAAUUUGGAAGUUACUUAGGCUACUCGGUUGGAGCUGGUCAUUUUCGGAGUCCACAUACGACUGAAGUAGUUGGAGGGGCCCCUCAACACGAACAGAUUGGUAAAGCAUACAUAUUCAGCAUUGAAGCAAAAGAACUAAAUAUCUUACAUGAAAUGAGAGGGAAAAAGCUGGGCUCUUACUUUGGAGCUUCUGUGUGUGCUGUGGACCUCAACGCAGAUGGCUUCUCAGACCUCCUCGUGGGAGCUCCCAUGCAGAGCGUCAUCAGGGAAGAAGGCAGAGUGUUUGUGUUCAUGAACUCUGGCUGGGGAGCAGUAAUGAAUGAAAUGGAAACAGAGCUCAUUGGAAGUGACAAAUAUGCUGCACGAUUUGGGGAAUCAAUAGUUAAUCUUGGUGACAUUGAUAAUGAUGGCUUUGAAGAUGUCGCAAUUGGAGCUCCACAAGAAGAUGACUUGCGAGGUGCUAUUUAUAUUUACAAUGGCCGAGCGGAUGGGAUCUCAUCAUCGUUCUCACAGAGAAUUGAAGGACUUCAAAUCAGCAAAUCGUUAAGUAUGUUUGGACAGUCUAUAUCUGGACAAAUUGAUGCAGAUAAUAAUGGAUAUGUAGAUGUGGCUGUUGGUGCUUUUCGGUCUAAUUCUGCUGUGUUGCUAAGGACAAGACCUGUAGUGAUUGUUGAAGCUUCCUUAAGCCAUCCUGAGUCAGUAAAUCGCACAAAUUUUGACUGUGUUGAAAAUGGAUUGCCUUCUGUGUGCAUGGAUCUAACACUCUGUUUCUCAUACAAGGGCAAAGAGGUUCCAGGUUAUAUUGUUUUGUUUUAUAACAUGAGUCUGGAUGUGAACCGGAAGAUGGACUCUCCACCAAGAUUUUACUUUUCUUCUAAUGGAACAUCUGAUGUGAUUACAGGCAGCAUAAAAGUGUCAAGCAGAGUAGCUAACUGCAGGACACAUCAAGCAUUUAUGCGGAAAGAUGUGCGGGACAUCCUCACCCCAAUUCAGAUUGAAGCUGCUUACCACCUUGGGCAUCACGUCAUCAGUAAACGAAGUACAGAAGAAUUCCCACCACUUCAGCCAAUUCUCCAGCAGAAGAAAGAAAAAGACAUAAUUGAAAAAACAAUAAACUUUGCAAGAUUUUGUGCCCAUGAAAAUUGUUCAGCUGAUUUACAAGUUUCUGCGAGAAUUGGAUUUUCUAAGCCACAUGAAAAUAAGACCUAUCUUGCUGUUGGAACUAUGAAGACAGUAAUGUUGAAUGUGUCCUUGUUUAAUGCUGGAGAUGACGCAUAUGAAACUGUUCUGCACAUCAAACUCCCCUCCGGCCUUUACUUCAUUAAGAUUUUAGAUCUGGAAGAGAAACAAGUAAGCUGUGAAGUGACAGACAGCUCUGGGUUCGUCAAACUGGACUGCAGUGUUGGUUAUAUAUACGUAGACCAUCUAUCAAGGAUAGAUAUUAGCUUUCUCCUGGAUGUGAGCGCAGUCAGCAGAGCGGAAGAUGACCUCAACAUCACAGUGGAUGCCACCUGUGCAAAUGAAGGGGAAGUGGACAACCUGAAUCAUAACAAAGUGACUUUAGCAAUACCUCUCAAGUAUGAAGUCAUGCUGACUGUUCACGGGUUUGUCAACCCAACUUCGUUUGUGUAUGGACCAAAGGAAGAAAAUGAGCCUGAAACGUGCAUGGCGGAGAAAAUGAAUGUCACUUUCCAUGUUAUCAACACUGGCCAUAGCAUGGCUCCAAAUGUUAGUGUGGAAAUAAUGGUACCGAAUUCUUUUGCCCCCCAAACUGAUAAGCUGUUCAACAUUCUGGAUGUCCAGACUACUGCUGGAGAAUGCCAUUUUAAAAAUUAUCAAAGAAAAUGUGGAUUAGAGCAGGAGAAAGGUCCAAUGGAGAUCCUGAAAGACAUUUUCAAAUUCUUGUCAAAGACUGAUAAGAAGCUACUGUUCUGCAUAAAAGCCGAUCCAUAUUGUUUAAAUUUUUUCUGCCAUUUUGGGAAAAUGGAAAGUGGAAAAGAAGCCAGCGUUCACAUUCAGUUGGAAGGCCGGCCAUACCUUUCAGAAAUGGAUGAGAGUUCAGCCCUCAAGUUUGAGAUAAGAGCAACAGCUUUUCCAGAGCCUAAUCCAAAAGUUAUUGAACUCAACAAGGAUGAGAAUGUUGCACAUGUUCUACUUGAAGGACUACAUCAUCAAAGACCCAAGCGUCAUUUCACAAUAGCGAUUAUUUCAAGUAGCUUGCUACUUGGACUUCUUCUACUGCUACUGAUUUCAUAUGUUAUGUGGAAGGCUGGCUUCUUUAAAAGACAGUACAAAUCUGUCCUACAAGAAGAAAACAGAAGAGACAGCUGGAGCUACGUUAACAGCAAAAGCAAUGAUGAUGAUUAAAGACUUCUUUCAAAUUGAGAGAACAGACUCAGGUUAACCAAAGAAAUUUAAGACAGUGUUUACAAGAAACCCUAAAUUCUGCUCGGAUUUCUUCUAUGUACUUCGUUUACUCAUGACCUUGUGCCAUAUUAGGUCUCAAUGCAAGUGAAACAUCCCAAGCAGUAAUUACUCGAGAGGAAAACAAUCUCUCAGCUCUUAAAUGGAUAGAGGAAACACUAAAGCAUUCAAUUUAUUCAAGGGAAGCAAUCUCUUGAAGAUACCUGGAAAUGAAAGUGCAUCUGAAUUAAAUCAUAUUGAGGAAGCAAACAACUCAUUUGGAGAAGUCUUGGACUUGAAAUAUCAUUCCUUUAAAAGAAAUUAUUUGCCAUGUGUGCUUGCUUCGGUAAAAUAAACUCUACUGAAUAGGCACUGAUUCAUUUCUAAUAGAUCUCUGAGACUUGUUGGAAAAAUCCUGCUAAAUAUUUUUAAAGAACGAAGAGCUGUUCCUCAGUUUUCCGAUGGAUAAAAGACCACUAAUGUUUUAAAGUAGAUUUUCUCUUUAAAGACCUUUAUUUUUAGUCCCUUUAUGAUGGGCUUUGGUCGACAACCACUAUUCAGCAGUCUACAUGAGAGCAUUACAGACCUGAGGAGCAAAUUUCAGACUGCACUUAUACACUGGUUGGAGCUUAAUGACUUCUGGAUGAUUACUGUUUAUACAGCUAUGGAUUCUUUCUCUCUGUAUAAAUACAUAAGUUCUUAAAAGAAUGUGUGUUUAUGUAGGUGUGUCCUCCUGUAACACAUUUGUAUCAAGGGUACCCAGGAGUAAAUUUCUAAAAUCCAUUUUAGUGAAAUUUUUUGCUUAUAAAACAAUAGUACUUAAGAAUUCUAAUUUAUAUUCUGUAACAGAUUGUGAGUGCUGCACUUUAGCCGAUACUUCAAAUAUAAAUACCCUGAUAUAUGUAAACUAUGAAAACUGUACCUCACUAAUGACUCUUAAAAAGCCAAACUCUACAAAGACCGUGCCCAGAGGCCAGUAUUUCAUAUAAAUUAGAUACUGUGUAAAAGAGGAGUGUCAAAUUCAGCGAAUGCAUCUCCUUGUGUAGACGUUACUUUCUCCUCAAAUGUAUGUAUUCCAUGUGUUUUUAUCAGGUGUACAGGAGCAUUCUCUUCUGCAUGGAAUUAGAGAAACAAAAUUGAGAAAUUUAACGUUUAGCUUGUAUUCAGUGAAUAUAAAUGUGACAUCAAAAUUUCCAUGAUAGAGGUGUUAGUAAGUGAAAUAUUAAGUUUUUAUAAAAAAAAAAAAGCUUCUGGAUUUUAAAUCUUUGAUGCCUUUUCAGUUGCAAUCAUUUUCUGUAAUAUUUAUUCAUGCAUGUGACCUGGAUGCUGAUAGCUGCAGAAUAUAACUUUAUCUGAGUUGUCCUACACCUGUCUUUAUCAUUGGAAGUGAUCAAAUAGUAAAAGACUUCCAUCCAUACGAAGCCCCUGCCAACAGCUGUCUUUCUCAGGCUGCCUAAAUUCCUGUAAGUUCUCUGUUCACCAGUCCACAGUAGUAACUGGUGGCCAGAGAACAAGGAGGGCAGAGCUCUGUGCAGCCAUCGAGGUGUGAAACCCAAUCUGUGAGCACGAAACCUCCUGAACACAGUGUAUCCCAGCAGUCAUUGAUUAAACUUACAAAGAUAUUCUUGAAAAGUAUUACAUAAGCAAAAAAUCUGGGUUUUUUUCAUUACAUAAAGUAAUUCUUUUAGGAAAUUUUAAUUUGGCUCUUUUCUAUGCAGAAAUGAUAGCAUUUGGGGCAUUACUAAGUGCACUAAAACCAAUGUGCUAGGAUUGCUGGAUAACAUGACUUUCAGAAGCAAAAAGAAAACAGCUAUACUUUAAAAUGUGUUAUGGAUUUUAAAAGACUUUGAAGAAAAUCAACAGUUUUCAACUUUCAGGGAAUUGGUACUCUGGUAACUUAAAAUGCUUACCUUUUUGGCAAAUAAUCUAGGUAUUGGAACAAUUUUGAACUCUGGGUUAGGAUCUCAUCAGGGCAUCCUAAGGUAACCCCUGGCAUCCAUGGGUACCAGGCUGUAGGAAAUUUUAUAUCCGUAUGGAUGGACUCCAAUCUUGAAAUGUGAAAGCAUCCAAAUUAUUUCACUUGGGAAUUAUUAAUAGGUCAUCAUGUUUUAAGUAUAUAAAUGUUUGCUUUCAGUUCCAAUAAAUGCUUUCUAAAACCCAGAAUCUAAAUUGUUGUACCUUAUGUCUUAAUUUAAGCUCUAGAAGCUAAUUUUUAGCAAAAAUAGCCCUUUUAAUUUCUUUAAAAAUAUAAAUUUUUUCCUUAUAUGUUUAAAGCAUGACCAUAUUCCUUCAUACUAAAAUUCUAGUUUGUACAUUCUUUUAUAAACAAUUACAUGUCACUUUGGAAUCAUUCAUUUCUUCCAUGCUUCCUCCAUAAAGAUUGAUAAGUCUUGGGUGUAAUCUGUAAAAAAUGGAUGUAUAAUUAUUUCAUCAACCUAUCGUUAUUUUUCACACAUGUACCUAUUAAGUAUGGUACAUAAUACCAAAUAUAAAUCUAAUAAUUGCUAACAAACCUAUAAUCGUGGCAGAGCUGCAAUCUUGUUAAAUCAGCACCAGUAAUUACUGUACCAUCCAGGCAUUGUGCCUACGGUGGGGUGCUCCUGCACCCUUCUUCUACCUUGAGUCAUAAUGCUUACCAACAAUGAGUUUGCAGGGUCCUAAACUUGUUUAUGCCAGUUGUUCCUGUUAAUAGUAUGUAAAAUUGUUCCUGUGUAAAGUAAGUUGAAUGCUUUGGAAAGAGUUGAGAGAAGCACAGUGCUGAAUACAAAGUGAUAGAGACGGGAGACUUCAGUGUAACAAUCUGCUCCUCAGAGGGCUUUCACAGGGUUAAGCUCUUGAUCCACUUUAAAAAUCACUAAAGGAAAAUUGUAGACAUUAUCUGUAUAGUUUAGGCAGAAUGGUAAUUUGAAAUGCCAAUAUAGAGACUCAGAAAAUUUGGUAAUGAGUCCAUAUGAAAAUGCUUUGGCUGUAUGUAACAACUGGUGAAUAAAAUUGUACAUCUUUUGAUGCUUCCCUGCCUUAUUAAAAAAAUAAUAAUAAUCUAGCCAUGACAAGGAGGCUUCCAUUACAUUUGGUGUUCUGUCUACUGGUGGACAUUGAAAGUGGUGAAAUAAUGACACUUACUUGACCUGAACCUCUGACCGGGCUUCCAUUAAGUCACCAUCUACAUUCCAAGGGAAACUCUUUUCUGGCGCAGCUGAGUGCUGUCCAUUGUCCUCCUCUGGAUUGUAUCCACUAUUACUCCUCGGACGAACUUUUACUUCUCCCACAGUGUAAGUCUCAACAAAUGGAAAACUGAACUAAAUAAAACAAAUGCAAAUAUAA